AUGGGGAAAGCUCUUAAGGGAGAGGCUUCUGAGGAAUGGCUGAGGUCAUUUGGUUUGUUCAGCUCGGAGAAGAGAAGGCUGAUGGGUGCCCUCCUGGCUCUCUGCAGCUUCUUCAAGAGGAGCAGUGGAGUGGGAGGUGCUGAUCUCCUCUCUCUGGUGACCAGCGAUAGGUCACAAGAAAAUGGAAUGAAGCUGCAUCAGAGGAAGUUUAGAUCACAAGACCAUACAGCUCAACAAGCAAACACCUCUGGGAGUACUGCUACCACAUCAACAUCAAGCAGUAGUACCUCAACAUCAGCUUCAACAAAUAGUAGCCCUUUUGGCUUGGGUGGCCUUGGAGGUUUGGCAGGUCUGAGUAGCCUGGGCUUAAAUACAUCAAACUUUUCAGAGUUGCAAAGUCAGAUGCAACGGCAACUUCUGUCAAACCCAGAAAUGAUGGUUCAGAUAAUGGAAAACCCAUUUGUUCAGAGCAUGCUUUCAAAUCCUGACCUGAUGAGGCAGUUAAUUAUGGCUAACCCUCAAAUGCAGCAACUGAUACAGAGAAAUCCAGAAAUCAGUCACAUGCUGAAUAAUCCAGAUAUAAUGAGACAGACACUAGAACUUGCUAGAAACCCUGCAAUGAUGCAAGAAAUGAUGCGAAACCAAGACCGAGCCUUGAGCAACCUUGAAAGUAUACCAGGUGGAUACAAUGCCUUGCGACGUAUGUACACAGAUAUCCAGGAGCCAAUGUUGAAUGCAGCACAGGAACAGUUUGGAGGUAACCCAUUUGCUUCUUUAGUAAGCAAUGCAUCAGCAGGAGGGGACAGUCAGCCAUCUCGUACAGAAAAUAGAGAUCCUCUACCAAACCCUUGGGCUCCUCAGUCCAGCUCCCAGGCUUCCACAACAAGUACCAGCACCAGCGGAGAGAAUGGUGACAAUAGUAAUGCUGGAAACAGCACCUCUGGCAGUAUGGGACAGAGCUCAACUGUACCAAAUUUAGGACCUGGUCUAGGAGCUGGUAUGUUCAACACACCAGGAAUGCAGAGUUUAUUACAGCAGAUAACGGAAAACCCACAACUUAUGCAGAAUAUGUUGUCUGCACCCUAUAUGAGAAGCAUGAUGCAGUCAUUAAGCCAGAAUCCUGAUCUUGCAGUACAGAUGAUGUUGAAUAAUCCUUUAUUUGCUGGAAAUCCUCAACUUCAGGAACAAAUGAGACAACAACUUCCUACUUUCCUUCAGCAAAUGCAGAAUCCUGACACAUUAUCAGCUAUGUCAAACCCUAGAGCGAUGCAAGCUUUGCUACAGAUUCAGCAGGGCUUGCAAACACUAGCAACAGAAGCACCGGGGCUUAUACCAGGAUUUAAUCUGGGUUUAGGUGGAUUGGGAAGCACUGGAGCUCCUACGGGGUCCCCUGUACCUAGUUCUUUUCCCAGUGAAAAUACAAGUCCAGCAAAAAAAAAACCAGGUCACCAGCAGUUUGUCCAGCAAAUGUUGCAGGCACUUGCUGCUGCAAAUGCUCAGCAGUUACAAAAUCCAGAAGUUCGAUUUCAGCAACAACUGGAGCAGUUGAGUGCAAUGGGCUUUCUGAACCGUGAAGCAAACUUACAAGCGCUAAUAGCAACAGGAGGAGACAUCAAUGCAGCUAUUGAAAGGCUGCUUGGCUCUCAGCCUUCAUAGCAGUGUUUCUUUAACUUGAAAAAAAUGUAAUUUAUUUUUUAUAACAGCUCUUAAAUCUUUAAAAUUUUUGCUUUAUUUCAUUUUGACUCAUGGGAUUGUCUUGUUAUAACUAAAAUUGGUCUGAUGCAUUUUAAGGUGGAGUGCAGUAGUUUUCUUCAAACAGUGGGAAUCUGCGUUUUCACUCUGCAUGCAUCACACUUCUUUUGUUCUGCAUUAUUUGUGAUUUUUAUCAGUUUUCACAGUUGGGUGAACAGGUUUUUUCUGACCUACAACUGUCCAAUUUAUUUACUACUUAAACAUUAGCCUUCAGUAGUAAUUUAUGUAGAAUAAAAAUUUAAAAGUCAACAAAUUAAUUGAAGCUACAAU